CAAAAACAACAGUCUACUCAAAGACAGAUCUCGCUCCCUUUCCUUCAAUUUGUCACACAACCAAACACACACAUUUCAAAAUUCACACCUUCUCUUCUUCUCCAUCUCUCUCUCAUUCAUCUGUGAAUUCAUCAAAUCUUGGAAAUUCAACAAUGGCGGUACCCUCGGAAGAAUCCUCCCAACAUCAAACCACGGCAUUAGAACCGGCAACAGAUCCGCAAGAAAAUGGCGGCAUUGAGCAAUCAAACGACGCCGUUGAAGCCAUUCUUGAGUCCGUUGCUUCUGACAAGGAUCCGAAGCACGAGGUACCCGAACCAGAGUCCCUACCUUCCGGAUCAAACGAAGAAUCAACGGGUCAACCCGAAUUGAAGAAGGACGAAGGUAGCAAAACCUUCACGAUGAGAGAAUUGUUGAAUGGAUUGAAGGGAGAUCAAAGUCAAUCCGGAAAUUCUACUCCCGUUGCACCCGUGACUCCGCUUAGUGAAGAUAUUUCUUUCCAGAACCAUGCCGCUAUGGAUCUUAUCAAUAGUGUAACGGGUGUGGAUGAGGAAGGUCGAUCUCGCCAAAAGAUUCUUACUUAUGCUGCCAGGAGGUAUGCUAGUGCGAUAGAGAAAAAUUCAGGAGAUUAUGAUGCCCUCUACAACUGGGCUUUGGUACUUCAGGAAAGUGCUGAUAAUGUUGAUCCCGAUUCUGCCUCCCCUUCUAAAGAUGCGCUGCUCGAGGAGGCUUGCAAAAAGUAUGAGGAAGCUACUCGUCUUUGUCCCACCCUUCAUGAUGCAUACUAUAAUUGGGCCAUUGCUAUCUCUGAUCGAGCAAGAAUGCGUGGUCGUACAAAGGAAGCUGAAGACUUGUGGAAGCAGGCCACAGAUUACUACGGAAAAGCUGUGCAGUUGAAUUGGAAUAGUCCCCAGGCGCUUAACAACUGGGGACUUGCACUGCAGGAACUCAGUGCGAUAGUCCCUGCUAAGGAAAAGCAUAACAUUGUUAAGACGGCAAUUAGUAAGUUCCGUGCAGCAAUUCAGUUGCAGUUUGACUUUCAUAGGGCUAUUUACAACCUCGGAACUGUUUUGUAUGGCUUAGCCGAGGACUUGCUAAGAAUCGGGGGAUCAGUCAGCCAUAAUGAUAUUUCGCCCAAUGACUUGUAUAGUCAGUGCGCUGUCUAUAUUGCAGCUGCUCACGCAUUGAAGCCAAAUUACUCGGUCUACCGCAGUGCACUGAGGCUAGUCCGUUCUAUGCUUCCUUUGCCCUAUCUUAAAGUGGGAUAUCUGACGGCUCCACCUCCAGGAAAUCCAAUAGGCCCCCAUAGUGAUUGGAAGCGGACACAAUUUGUCCUUAACCAUGAGGGUCUUUAUCAGAUUGUAUCCGAACAAAAGACAUCACGGCAGAGUCUUUCUAGCAAGCCAGUAGAUGGGCCAAAUAUAAAAAAUAGAGCCGUCAAAGUUGACAUCCCUGACAUUGUUUCAGUGUCAGCAUCUGCUGAUCUUACUUUACCACCUGGGGCUGGACUCUUCAUUGACACAAUACACGGACCUGUAUACUUGGUAGCUGACUCGUGGGAAUCUUUGGAUGGUUGGCUGGAUGCAAUUCGUUUAGUUUACACAAUUUUUGCUCGAGGUAAGAGUGAUGUUUUGGCUGGUGUAAUCACUGGAUGAUUAGUCUUUGUUAAAUGUAUUAAUUGUAUUAUCGGUACGCUUUCUUUUCCCUUUUAAUUGGGUUGUGUAGCAUAGAAAUGUUUAAUCACAGAAAUCAAUGUAUAUUAUGAAGAAUUUCCUGAGGAAAUCAAUUUUUUUUUACUUAUGUAGCAAUUGGUGCUAAAUAUAUCGCCAAAUAAAUGUCUCUUUUGUAGCCUGUGGUGGCAGAAUCCAGUUUUUAUUUUUACUUUGAAGUUAUAAAAGAAACAAGUUUUGAUGCUCA